AUGCAGAAACCGGAAUUGCAGAGAAUUUUUAAAGAUCUAGCUGCAAAAGUACCAAAUGAAUAAAAAGAGAAAGCAGCAAUGGAAUUAUAGAGUGUCUACUACAAAUACAUUUAAUAGAGUGAUGAAUUGUUUAGUAAGAUUCAGAGACUCAUAAAUAGUUCUGAGAUUCAUGAAAAAUUUGGUAAUGAUGAAUAAUUAUAAAAAUAAUAGGAGGUAUUUUAGCAUUGGAUCAAUUGACAACUACUGUAUAAGAGGCUCAAGUGUUAACUUUUGUAAAUAAGUUUAUUCCCAAUGUAUCAGGUUAAUUUAUUUAUAAUGAUGAAAAAUUCUUAAGGAAGAGUGCUGAAGUCUUUGGAAAAUUAUUAAGAUUAGGUGGAACAAAGAUAGCUCAAGUAGUAGAUUUACAUUUUGUAGAAGCAUAAAAAUAAUUGAGAAGUGAAAGAUAUAAAUUAGCUGGUGUAUUAAGUUUAAAAGAAAUUUUGAAUGAAGCAGCUUCAAUCACUUUUAAUAAGUUAUUUUAAACUAUGCAAACAGAUCGUAACUUUACACUCAUUCAUGGGGCCAUUAGAUCUAGAUAAUAAUCAUUAAGAGAAGCAGCCCUAGAUUUAUUUAGUGAAAUUGUAAAAUAAAUUGCAUAAAGAGAAUGUAUUAAAUUAUUAUUAAAAGAUUAUAGAAUCAUAUCAAGAUUACUUAGUCAAAAUCUAUAUUGAUGAAAUAGAAUCCAAAAAAAGAUCAAGAGAAGAAGAAUACAUUCAUGGUAAUAUUAUGAUGAUUAAAAUACUUUUAACUUAUGCUAAAUAAGAUGUAAUUUAUUAUUUAUAUAGAAUAUAGGUAUUUUCACAAGCUCAAAUUUAUGAUUAAGGUGAAUAUGUUCUAUCCAAAAAGGAUCAUAAAUCAACUAUUAUCAAUAAAGCUGUUAUAGAAACCUUGCCAAUCUUGGCUAAACAUGCUAAACAUCAUGCAGUCUAAGAAUUUAUGGAAUAAAGCAUAUCUUUUCUAUUAUCAUAGACUAUGUAAGCCAGAUCUGUAAAAGACAAAAGUCUACCAUAUAUGACUUUAGCUAUGCUUAUCUCAUUUUUAAAUGAGAAUAUGCUUCAAGAUCUCAUUAAAAAAGUUAUCUUACAUAUUCGAUAAGAAUUAUUACAGAAGAACUUUUGUGUAGAAAUGAUUCACUGUUUAUAAGUGAUAUUUUAGAAUUAUACAAGAAAAUUUGCAGAAUUUACAUCGGUUGAUGUACUUGUAGAUGUAUCAAUAUUUCAUAUUCAUUUAAGUAAAUACUCUUAAAUGGUUUGCAUCCUCAAUCAGUCUAGUUUCUAAAUUAAUUAUGCAGAUCAUAACCAAGAUAAUCUGAUUACAUUUAAUAAAAACUCUUAUAAACUAUUGCAGCAAUUCUACUUAGAAAAAUAAUUAAUUUUGUAAAUCCUAAGUAACAGAACUUUGAUAGCAGUAUCUUGAAUGAUUUUUAAGGAUAUUUAUAAAAAGCUAUUACUACAACAGAAUUCAGAUCUCCUGAAGCUAUUGCUAAUGCAAUUCAAACACUUAGCACUUUUUCAUUUGAUUUAUAAGAUAGUCUUGCAAUUUUUGUGAAAGAUGCUGUUUUACCAAAUCUUGCUAAUUCAAAUCCAAUCAUAAGAAAGGCUACUGCAAAAGCAGGAUGUCUAUUAUAUAUAAAGAAAGGAAGAUCGACAGGAUAGUAGAUGAUAUCUAAGAAUGUUAUGUAUGAAAUAUUAGAUAAGUUUAUGAAUGUUGCUAUUUCAGAUACUGAAUAAGAUAUAAGGUAAACAAUGCUUGCAUCUCUAAAUGAAAAUUUUGAUCCAUAUUUAAAUUCUCCUAAUAAUUUGAGAAAAUUAUUUUUAUGCAUGAAUGAUCCAAUUCCAGAAGUGUAAGAAAUUGCUUUAACAAUUCUUUGUCGUUUAUCCAUUUUAAAUCCUUCAGAAAUUACACCAUUUCUCAAGAAAACUCUAUUUGAAUAUCUUUAAACUCUGACAUUUGAUAGUAAUCAACCUGAAAAGUAGACCAUUAAUAAAUUAUAUUUAUUAACAUCAUUAAUAAAACAUGGCCGAACAAUUGUUCAACCAUAUACAAGUAAUAUAGCUAAGGUAAUUUAAUAACAUCUAAAGAAUCCCAAUACUAGUGCUAUUGUUACAUCAUAUUUAUUAUAGGCAUUUGCUUAAUUAACAGAAACUGCAAAUUAAGAAAUACUAGUUAAUUUAAAAGAAGUUUUUGAUAUCAUUAUAACAGCAAUGUAAGAUAAGAGUUCAACUCUUAAAAGAGAAGCUGCUGUUAAAUCUCUAAAUUUAAUUAUUAAAAAUACAGGAUUUGUUGUACUUCCUUAUUAUCGUUUUCCUAAUUUAAUGGAUGUUAUUUUCUAAUUAAUUAGAACUGAAACUAUUCCAGAAAUGAGAUAAGAAUGUUUGAAAUUAUUAGGUAAUUUAGGAGCUGUAGAUUCAUUUAUAUACAAAAGUGUUUAGGGAGUACCAACAAAAUAAAAAUUCAAGUUUCUAAAAAAUUAUUAAAAUGCUCUUAAUUCUGUUUCAUCAAGUGAAUUAAUGAAUGAAGUAAGAGGAUAUAGUGAAGAUUUGAUACUAAUAGGUAAUUUCAGUACAACAAUGUUUUUGCAUUUAGGAAAAUUAAAAAUGUAAACUGAUUAAGAUACAUUAUUAUAUUAAAAUAGUGGUGCAUUAAUAACUAAAUAAAUAACAUUGGAUGCCUAAUCUCAUUAUCAUUAAGCUAUAAAUUCUUAAGAUAUUGAAGAAUUAUUCUAAUAAGUUCCUGUUAUAUAACUUAAUGAUAUAGAUUAUUAUUCAAAAGUAACACUAAAGACUCUAUUGUAAAUUUUAUUGGAUCCAUCUUUAUCAAAUAAUCAUGAAUUAGCACUUGAAACCAUUAUGUGGAUAAUAGGUACACUAAAAGCAAAAACAGCAAGUUAUUUAAAUUAUCUAAUACCUGUUUUUGCUCGUUUAUUAUAAAGGAAUGAAGAAAUGAGAGAAAAAGUAUUGACAUCUUUGUAAAAAGUAAUCCAUUUAUGUGGAAUAUAAUUUAAUCCUUAAUAUAUUGAUUAAGUUAUUGCUUGUGUUAUGUUAUUUUGUUAAGGAUAAGAGUCAUCAAAAUUAGUUUUGAUAGGUUUAGAAAUCAUGGAAACAUUGAUUAAAAGUAGUAAAUAACAUUUAAGACAUAAAGUUGAACCAUUAGUUAGAUUAAUAAAUUAAGAAAUAAGUUAAUUUGAGGAAGAGAAAGAAUUAGUUCGUAAAGGAAUAAAGAUUUAUAUAUUAUUAGAGAAUUUACUUGAUUCUUAAUUGCAUAUGUUUAUUCCAUUUAUGUGUAAGUUAUUGAGUAAAGAAGUUUCAAGUGUUUUAUUGGAAGUUAGAAAGGAUAUAAUAAAUUUAUUUGUAUCUUUGUCUAGAAAAUGUCCAACUACAGUUUAAUAUUUAUCAUUGAUUGUUAAUUCAUUAUUAAAUCUAGUGGAAUUAAGUGCAAAAACAUAAUAGCAAUUAGAAAUGCAUUAGUCAGUAUUAAAUUGUAUUGUCAAUUUAAUAUUAUAACAUAAGAAUCUUAUGCUUGUCUAUUUACCUAUGAUUCAUUUACAAGUACAGAAAUAUAAAAUACAUCAUUAAUAAUAUUAAAAAUUAGUUGAAAUCUUUUUAAUGUAUGGUAAUUUAGAAGAUUUGAACAAUCUUUUAGAUGAAGAUUGCAAAGCUAUUGAACAAUUGUUUCCAUCUUAGAUUACUUAAUAUUAUACAAUUGAACCUAAUGCACCUAUGUAUAAGAAAAUAGAACCUGAAUAAUUAGUGGCUAAAUUUGAUACAGAAUAAAGAAAAUUAAAGGAAGAAUGGUAAGAAUGGAUGCGUAAUACAAGUGUAGAAUUAUUGAAAUUAUCUCCAUUUCUAGUAUUGAGUCCAUGUUCAUCAAUAGCUGAGAUGUAUUAAACAUUGGCAUAUGAAUUAUUUAAUAUUGCAUUUGAUUCAGCUUGGUAUUUUCUAAAUGAUAAACAUAAAGAAUUAAUGGUUUAACAUUUAGUUAGGGUUAUUAAGGCAGAUAACAUACCUCUCUAAAUCUCAUAAACUAUAUUAAAUUUAGCAGAAUUUAUGCAACAUGAUAAGGAAGGAUUGUAAAUUGAUAUUAGUUCUUUAGGAGAAUUAGCUGAAAAAUGUAUGGCUUAUGCUAAAGCUCUUUAUUAUAGAGAACAUGAAUUUGAAACUGCAAAUUCAAAAGCCAUAUAAUCUUUAAUAUCUCUUUAUACAAAUUUAGGAUUGUAAGAAUCUGCCAAUGGUUUAUUAACUUAUGCUAAAUAAUCCCUUAAAAUAUAAGUGUAAAAUACAGAUUAUGAGCGAUUAAAAAAAUGGGAUGAAGCCUUAUAAGAAUAUAGACAAUAAUAAUUGAAAUUUGAAAAUGAUUAAAGAAUGGACUUAGCUAUUAAAUUAGUUGUUCCUAAGAUGAGAUGUUUGAAUGCCUUGAUGUAAUGGUAAACUCUCAUUAGUCAAGCUGAAGAGAUAUUUAGAAGUAAUGAAGAUGCAAAAUAAAAAGAAAUUGCUCAUUUAGCUGCAAAUGCUGCUAUGCAUUUAGGAUAAUGGGAUAAAUUGGCUACUUAUAAUGAAUAAGUGAAUGCUGAAGAAUUAGAUAAACCAUUUUGGAAAGCUGCUGUAUGCAUAUCUAAAGGAUAAUUGGAUGAAGCAAAAAUAUAAGUUAGAAAGAGUAGAGAGAGAUUGGAUGGUUUAGUAACUGGAUUAUUAUAAGAAUCAUAUGAUAGAGCUUAGGAUGGAGUAUUAAAAUUAUAAUAGUUAGUUGAAAUGGAAGAAAUUAUAGAAAUCAAAUAAUUUGAAAAUAAAGUAUAGAAAGCAGCAUAAGAAAAUGUUGGUGAAUAUUCUUAUAUUAAAUUAUUGGAUGAAUUAGAAAUACGUAAGAAGAAAUUAAAAGAUAUAUGGCAUGAUAGAUUAAGUGGGGCACCUAAAGAUAUUGAUGUCUGGUAUCGUUUGCUUUCAACAAGAUAAUUAUAUUUACCUAAAGUACAUGAUCUUGAUAUCUGGAUUAAAUUUGCUAAAUUAUGUUUAAAAAGAUAAAAAAUGGUUCUUUGUAAAUCAACCAUUGAAAUACUAAAAGAAUAAUUUUAAAAUUAAGGUUAGGCUCCAUUACCUGUCACUCUUCACAUUUUCAAUAUGUAAUUUGAAUAUGUACAUGCUAAACAUGAAAUCUAAAUUUUAGAUUAGGUUAGAGAAUAUUUCACUAAUUAAGAAUAAAUAAGUUCUAUUGAUUCUAAAUUAAAAGCCAAAACAUUUUUUACUCUAGGAAAAUGGGCUUAUGAAAGAGCAGAAUCUACAAGUGAUUUAGAAUAGAUUACUAAAUAAUUUGAUGAAUCUUUAUAAUAUAAUUCUACUUAUGCUAAAGCAUGGCAUUAUUAUGGAUUAUGUAAUUUUGAAGUUAUUGAAUAAUAAGAAAAUAGAUAAUCUAUGAAUGCACAUGUAUUUGCAGCAGUUAAAGGAUUCUUGAAAUCAAUAUCUUUAGGUAGUAGAGAUAUUAAGAAAGGUAGAUACAUUUUAUAAGAUACUUUACGUUUGUUAUCUUUGAUAUUUAAAUAUGGAAUGGAAACUGCUAUUUCUGAUGAAUUUAGAUAGAACUAUAAAUAAAUAGAUGUUAUUGCUUGGAUUGAUGUUAUUCCAUAAAUUCUAGCUAGAAUCUAAAUUCAAAAUCCAAUAAUUCAAUAAUUAUUACAAGAUUUAUUAAUACACAUUAGUCGUAUUCAUCCAUAAGCACUUAUUUAUCCAUUGACUGUUGCUUGUAAAUCUAAAAAUUAAAUUAAAAGACUAUAAGUACUUAAAAUAUUAGAUGAUAUGAAAAAACAUUCUCCAAUUCUUGUUAAUGAAGCUUUAAUAAUUAGUGAAGAACUGAAUCGUACAGCUAUAUUAUUGAAAGAAGCAUGGAGAGAAGGUAUUCAAGAAGCAUGGACAUCUUUCUCAUAAGAUAAGAAUAAAACACAUGUUGAAAGAAUUCUAAGAGGUUUACAUGAUAAUAUGAGAGUAAAACUUGAGAGUUUAAGUGAAAUCUCAUUUCAUUAAACAUAUGGAUAAGAAAUAUUUGAGGCUGAAGCAUGGUUAUAAAGAUAUUUAAGAACUGAAGAUUAGGUUUGUUUAUGUGUUGCUUUUGAUAUAUAUACUAGAAUAUAUCAUAAAGUUUAAAAGAGUUUAGAAAAAAUGAAGAAGGUUCAUCUUGAAAAUGUUUCUCCAAAAUUAUUAGCUACUUAAAAUUGUGAAAUUAGCAUUCCUGGAUUAUAUAAACCAAAUAAAUAAUUAAUUACAAUUAAUGGUUUUGCUCCUAGAUUAGAUGUUUUAUCAAGUAAAUAACAUCCAAGAUAAGUUAAGAUGUUUGGAAAUGAUUCAAAAGAGUAUCAAUUCUUAUUAAAAGGACAUGAAGAUUUAAGGUAAGAUGAAAGAGUGAUGCAAUUAUUUUCAUUAGUAAAUCGUUUACUUACAAAUGAUACUGAAACAGAAAGAAAAGAUCUUACUAUUACAAGAUAUUCAGUUAUACCUUUAUCUCAUAAUACUGGAUUAUUAGGGUGGGUAUAGAAUUGUGAUACUUUGUAAUAAUUAGUAAGAGAGUAUAGAGAUAAAUAUGCUAUAAGACCUAAUGCUGAGAGUACUUUAAUGGAAUAAUUUUGUUCUCAGUAUCAAAAUCUACCCUUACCUAACAAAGUAGAGAUUUAUAGACACAUUUUAGAAAAUACAAGAGGAGAGGAUUUAUAAAAAGUUUUAUGGAUAAAAUCACCAAAUUCUGAAGUUUGGCUUGAAAGAAGAAUAAAUUAUACAAGAUCUUUGGCUACAAUGUCAAUGGUUGGAUAUAUAUUAGGAUUAGGUGAUAGACAUCCAUCUAAUUUUAUGUUGUAAAGACUUACUGGUAAAAUUGUACAUAUUGAUUUUGGAGAUUGUUUUGGUAAUUAUUCAUAAUUGUAUAUUAAUAGAAGUGGCAAUGAAAAGAGAGAAAUAUCCAGAGAGAGUUCCAUUUAGACUUACAAGAAUGUUGGUUAAAGCUAUGGAAGCUUGUGGAAUAGAAGGAGUUUAUAGACAUACUUGUAAUGUUGUUAUGAGAGUAUUAAGAGAAAAUAAAGAGUAUUAUAAAUUAUAUAAUUUAGAUCUCUAUUAGCUGUUUUGGAUUCAUUUGUAUAUGAUCCUUUACUUACUUGGAGACUUUUGAAUGCAUAAGAUCAUAAACCUAAGAAAGAAGCUAGGAAUGUAGAUUUACACAAAUAAAUUCCAUAAUAAAUGAUCAAUUAACUUAAUGAUAAAGAAAUUAAUUAAGGAAAGAGUUUGAUUUAAGUGAUUCCUGAAGCAAAAAGAAGAGGAAGCAUUAUUGAUGAUGGAAAGUAGUAAUAAACUUUGAAGAGGAAAGAAAGUGGAAGAGAAAAGGAAAUCUAUUUUGAAUUUGCUGAUGAAGAGAGAGAAAUACCAGAUGAUUUAUAAAAUUAGAAAGGAUUAGAAGUUAUUGAGAGAAUCAAGAAAAAAUUGUAAGGAAGAGAUUUCAAAGAACAUGAAGUAUUAUCAACUGAAAGUCAAGUUAAUUAACUUAUACUUUAAGCAACUAAUCAUGAAAAUAUUGCAUAAGCUUACUUGGGAUGGUGUCCAUUUUGGUGA